CUCCACUUUAGACCAGACGGCUGUAUCAUUUCAAGUUGGCCACCGUUGCCUGCACGAUCACACUAACAUAUUUGUCCUACUACUAAGUACUCGCCAUGGUAGUCAAAGGUGCCUUGUUAUGACUCAUAUUUAAGUCCAUGACAAACGUAAUCGCAUGUUGACCUAUGGUGUCAUAGGAACUCAAGCCGUUCGGCCUCCUCAGCAUCGGUAUAAAUAUCCGUCAGCAGAUCCCUUUUUUGAUUCUUAUUAUAUCGGUACUGUUAUCAUCACAAAAGACCAACGCCAUCACAAACAGACCAACGCCAAAACACAAGUCCUAACUAAUCUUUAUUCCUUUAUCAACCAAUCCCCCAAGUUAUUAUUUGCUCCUCUAGGGCUGAGUGUCUCAUGGAAAAUCAACCUAUGGAAAAUCAACCUAGUGACUCGGACCGGGAACGAAUACAACUUCAAGAUACUCAACACCCCCAAUUAUUCCGCUGGUCUCUCCCUCCAGAAGAUGAUUCCGAACCUAGCAGUAUCAGAGCCGAAGCACCGCUCAUCAGACAAGUUCCGUUAGCAGUUGCCUCAAGUUUCCGAUUGUCUUUAUUCUUUCGAGGCCGUGGCCGUCACCCGUUGCCUAUUUCGCGGCCGAUGCGGCCUAUCUAUAUUGAUGCAGGUACGCAAACAGACAUCACGUCGAUUGCUCCGCGAGGCAUAACUAGACCAUCGUACCGAGGUCGAUCCUCUUCAAGGAGCCGGCAAGACCUCCAGUCUCGUCUCAACCCCAUCCCGCCCAGACUGCUGCCAAACGUAGCGCCGACGGCGCCGGCGUCUUUUGCCAGUGCUGCCGCCGCUGUGCUAGCAACUUCUAUUCGUUGCUUCCCUGAGAAUCUCGCCGAACAGAUGUGUGCCAUACCGGUCAUACAGCUGCAGUUGAUCUCGCACAGGAGCUACCCGUCGCUCGGCCACAGUUGGUCGCUGUUCCUGCUGAGCAACAACACGCUACAGUCGGGGAUCCAAAUCGACAUCCUGCCCCGCAGUGCGCCGACGCCCGAGGAAACUAAGCUAGGGGUGUAUAAGACAACCAUGAAGGUGCGGUACGGGCUGGCGCGUAGCUUCCCCGGCGCGACCAGCGGCACGCCGCUGCACCGCGAGACGCUGGGCGUGGCACCGGGUCUCAUUGUGCGCGACUUUGUCGAUGCGCUGCGCAGGGUCGGCGCCCACCGCUACGAGUUCACCGUGCCCAUCACGGGCAACGUAGCCUGGGUCCAGGACCAAGUCUCCGUAUUCCACGCCCAGUCGCUACUAGCCGACGCCGACGAGGUUCUACGCGCUGUCCGCAACGUCCGCCUCAACUACAGUACAGAUCCCCCGCGCAUCCCGUCCAACAGGCAGUCCGAGGGUCUAUACUACCCGUAGCGUGUACCUUGCCGUGAUUUGACGAUACGAUGCGUUUUAUGGCGGUGAUACGAAGCUAGGUUGUGUCUUUUGUGCUUGAAACUCGAAACCUGAUACAUGGCAGCUUCGUAUAUAUUUUUCUCAGCGAGAUGGACUAUUCUUUGAAGUCGGGGUACGGUUUUGUGCCUACCGUUCGUAGCAUUAGGUAGCUCUUUAGGAUUUCAAAGGUUUCUGUCUGUUGGUCUUUUUGAAAUCGGAUUCUGUGGCGGGGUUACCUUGCACAUGACUGGGCACGUAGGCAUUAGCCCCGCCCUGAGGAUUUCGCCUACACGUUUAGUAGGGAGAUUUCCUCCUCCACGAAUUAGCUAGCCAACGCACACAUUGUCUACCUACAACAGAUUCCUUUAUCAGAAAUUAGC